GGGAUUUUCGGAGAAACACCAAUUUCAUGCAUAUGUAUCACCUACUCAGAUCGAUCACAACAGCCAUUUUAUGGUCAUUCCUAUCCUCGCGGGAAGAGGACACGAUAAUGCAACAAUUACUCCUUACAGUGUGCCUUGCUUCCGAGUUCCGUUUGUCACUAGAUAUAUGAUAUUUCUAGUGUCUCAACUAGUUUCCGAGGAUCGCGCCGGAUCGGCACGAAGUGCCAAGCCUUGUUGCAACAGAUGAUGCAUGCCAUUCUUCGUACAGACACACUACUACGCUACCCCAUACUUUUAAUAUACGCAGCCACAAUAGCAUCUUCAGCUACAACAUAGCUGCGCCAAAUCAGUAUCUAAGACAAAGCAACAUAGUUCAGCUAUACCAGCAAAGUAACAGCUACAUUGGACAGCCAUUAAUGUGUAUUUUGGCGUGGCCCACUGAUGAAUCUUAUGGUCGGCGAGGUUCUCAAACUGUGAUAGGAAUGCUUCUGAGGUAAGGAUUCAAUAGAAUCUUCCUGCAUAAUUUGCGGGGUUGUGAAUCAUGUCAACAACCAAAUGUGUCAUGCUAGUCAUCCAAGUGAGGAGGCGGUGACACUUCAUUACGGCUUUGGUGUUCUGGUCCUGGCUCCUUCCUGCAACAUGCAGAAAUCGGGGCUUGUGCUACGUACAUAUCACAUCAAGUGAAUUACCUUGUCUUUAUAGAACAUUGGGAGGAAAACAUACUUCUACAUCCGCUUCCCCUUGGUGGAUGAUUAUACUUUCAAUUUCACUUGGCUUCUAUCCUCUUUCAACUACAUCUACCACUUCACGAUGAGAACAUUCAAGCUCUCAAUACUUGGUGUUUUCACCAUUGCAAGCUUUGUAGCUGCUCAGCUGGAGACGCCUCAGGAUUUCUGCAAGAGAACCGCCGGGCCAAAUUACGUCCCUAAAUAUGAUGCAAGUGGUGUCUUCCAGGGCGAAUGCGAAACCGCAGCCAUAAGCAUUUGUCUUGGAACAGAAUAUGCACAAGCUCAGACUGGCGCUACAACAUGCUGUCUGCCACCAAAUACGGUACAGUCUGCUGGUGGGAAGCAAGGCUGUUGCCCACCAGGCCAGAAUUUCAAAUGGGAUGGCACGUCCCCCUCUUGCGUCAUACCACCACCACCCCCUCCCGCCAUCUCUUGUCCAGCUUCCAACAUGCAAGUUGUGAAUCGAAACGGGCAAAACUUCAGAAUUUACUGCCAGCGUUCAGUGAUGGUCUACACAUAUCCUUGGUUGACCACCACCUCUCAUGGCAUAUACAGAGCCAUACAGGGCCCUGAGUUGAUGACGAAUGAUUUUGAAACCUGUCUACGAUUUUGCGCAGCGAAUGGGAAAUCUAAUGGAGCUAAUUUCUGGCCUGCACAAGGAUUGUGCUCUGUGGUUGACACGCCGCCUGGAAAUUUCUUCAAAGUGGGAAGUCGUUAUGAUGUACCACCUCCUCCAUACAAUGGACCACAGAUUAUCUCCAUGGUAGCGAUCCCGAAACGUGCUUAUUAGACUACGCUUGUUAGAUGUGUUGAAGAAUCGGGUCGGAUAGUUAGGGCAAUAUGGACAGACUAUAGCUAGUUCACAAACAAUACUUCCAUUUGUUA